AUGUCAAGUGCAUUGGCAACACUUUGUGGACAAGCUUAUGGUGCAAAAGAAUAUGGCAAGAUGGGAGUGUAUCUUCAAAGAUCAUGGAUAGUUUUAUUCUUAACUGCACUCCUCCUUCUUCCGGUGUUCAUCUUCGCAAGCCCAAUUUUGACGAUGUUAGGCCAAGAAGAAAGCAUAGCACAAGUUGCAGGAAACAUAUCUCUUUGGUCAAUUCCAGUCAUAAUUGCUUUUAUUGUCUCAUUCACUUGCCAAAACUUCCUUCAAUCUCAGAGCAAGAACAUCAUUAUUUCAUUCUUGGCAGCUUUCUCAAUAAUUAUUCAUGUUCUCUUCUCCUGGCUUUUGACAAUGAAAUUCAAGCUUGGGAUUGCUGGUGUAAUGACAUCAACAAUUUUGGCAUACUGGAUUCCCAACAUUGGUCAAAUUAUAUUUAUUACACGUGGUUGGUGCCCUGAAACAUGGAAAGGUUUCUCAUUUUUAGCGUUCAAAGAUCUUUGGCCUGUUGUCAGGCUUUCCCUUUCAUCUGGUGUCAUGUUGUGCCUUGAGUUCUGGUACAACACAAUAUUGGUUCUUUUAACUGGCAACAUGAAAAAUGCGGAGGUUCAAAUUGAUGCUCUAUCUAUAUGUCUCAACAUCAAUGGAUGGGAAAUGAUGAUAUCAUUUGGUUUCAUGGCUGCUGCUAGUGUUCGAGUGGCAAAUGAGCUUGGAAAAGGAAGCUCCAAAGCUGUAAAGUUCUCUAUUGCAGUGACAGUGCUUACAUCAUUCACCAUUGGCUUCAUUCUGUUUUUGUUUUUCUUAUUUUUUAGGGAAAGACUUGCUUAUGUAUUUACCUCAAAUGAAGACGUGGCCGUUGCUGUUGGAGAUUUGUCACCUUUGUUGGCAGUCUCUAUACUACUAAACAGUGUUCAACCUGUUCUCUCAGGAGUAGCAAUCGGAGCAGGCUGGCAAAGCAUUGUAGCAUAUGUGAACAUUGGGUGUUAUUACGUCAUUGGUAUUCCUGUAGGUGUUGUACUUGGUAACGUUAUCAAUUGGCAAGUCAAGGGCAUCUGGAUCGGAAUGUUGAUUGGAAUACUUAUUCAAACUAUAGUGCUAAUAAUAAUCACCUACAAAACUAAUUGGGACGAGCAGGUAACUAUAGCUCGUAAUCGGAUAAACAUUUGGUCUGAGGUGGACACUGGUCGUCAUGAAACAAUUGCACCAGGUAAAUUAGUUUAA